AUGAUGGCAGGAGCUGAUAGCAGUGAGAGUAAUGUGAGCAGCUACGUGACACGGACGGGAGUUGACGACAGGUGUGUCACAGAUGAAGCCGUGCACGCCAAGAUGAGGAGAGGCGAGCUUCGAGCCAACCCUCUAGCUAAUUUGCAGAUCUGUUUGACUCGUGAGCUACCCACUCCACAUGAGAGCUGA